AUGUCUUCGACCUGGCAAGAACGCGCUCAAAAGAAGCGAGAAUCUAUCUUGGCUGCUAUCCCUCAAGAAUGGCGACUCCAAGAGCCUCUCCCUUCGCCUGAAGAGCAGAAAGAUGUCACUGGUUCAUAUGUGCAACAGUUCCUGACUCCCAAGGAGAUCGAGAUUACCGAGAGCGAUGCAGUCGAGAUAACAGAACAUACUACAACCGGCAAGUGGACCGCCACAGAGGUAGUGACAGCCUUCUGCCAUCGAGCAGCUUUGGCUCAUCAAUUGACUAAUUGCCUGCACGAAGUCUUCUUUGACCAGGCGAUUGAGCGUGCGAAAGAGCUCGAUGCCACAUUUGCGGCUGCAAAUGGUCCCUGUGGCCCUCUUCAUGGGCUUCCUGUCAGCUUCAAAGACCAGUUCCACGUCAAGGGAGUGGAGACAACCAUGGGUUAUGUUGGGUGGAUCGACACUUUCGAGGGUGUGAAGGGGACUGGGAAGGAGAAAAACGUGGACAGCGAACUGGUCCAGGAAGUCAAAGCACUCGGAGCUGUACCUUUUUGCAAGACCAGUCUGCCGCACACUGUGAUGAGCGGCGUAACCUGGAAUCAUAUUGUUGGCUUCACGUUGAACUCACACAAUCGUCUCAUGACCUGCGGCGGUAGCUCUGGUGGUGAGGGAACCCUCAUUGGCAUGCGAGGAAGCCCCAUCGGCUUUGGUACAGAUAUAGGUGGAAGUGUUCGGAUCCCCUCUGCUUUCAACGGGCUUUACGGCGUGAGGCCUUCAUUCGGCCGUCUACCAUAUGUCGGCGCCGCCAACAGCAUGGCCGGUCAAAACACCAUCCCUUCGGUUUGUGGGCCGAUGGCGACGUCUCUAGGGGCGUUGAAAUUGAUAUUCCGAUCUGUUCUGAGCCAGCAACCAUGGCUACACGAUCCGGCUGUGAUUGACUUGCCCUGGAGGGAGGAGUUGUGCACGCCCCUGCCUGCUGACGGCAGCAAGUUGACAUUUGGCCUUAUGCCGACUGACAAAGUCGUUAACCCACAGCCUGCAGUCCGAAGAGCCUUUGAGAUAGUGAAAAAGCUGAUCAUAGACAUGGGUCAUGAUGUGGUGGACUGGGAUCCACCGUCCCACGAAAAGGCCAUCGCACUCGCUUUUGACGCGUUCACCGCAGAUGCCGGUAUGGAUAUCUGGUACCACAUUGGUUUGUCGGGAGAACCCCUCCAGGAACAUAUCCAGCGGACUUAUGGCACAGCGGCGGGCUCACUGGGUACGCCCAAGACCGCUGACAAGAUUUGGGAGAUAAAUCUUAGACUUCGCGAGUAUCAAAAGGAGUAUAUGGAAUACUGGAAUGGCACUGCAAAGCAAACAAAGUCUGGAAAGCCAGUUGACGCUAUACUGACGCCUGUUGCGCCAUUUGCGGCACUUCAAUUUGGCGGCACUUUCCACAUCGGAUACACUCCGUGGGUCAACACCCUUGAUUACACAUCUGUCGUCUUCCCUGUCACUGAAGUGGACAAGACCAUCGACCUCUAUGCCAAGGAUUAUCAGCCCUGGGGUGACCUAGAUAAGAUCAAUUGGGAGCAAUACGAUCCUGAAGUCCAGCAAGGCACGCCAGUGGGCUUGCAACUGGUCGGACGAAGACUUCAAGAAGAAAAGAUUCUUGGAUUAGUAGAGCUGCUGUCGACGGCCCUCGCCGUGCAAAAGAAGAGCUCAUAA